UUCCCCCCGGGUCUGUAAGUUAGGAGGUGACCGGAGAGCCGGGCUGGUUUACGGGGUCUCUGGAAAUGGAGCCCCCGUGGGGAUCUGGAUCGGCUACGACCAGCCCUGGGAUGGGAGCCGAGGACCUAGUCUAGGCCCCGGGGGACUUGAGCCAUCGGUCUGGCCCAUGCUGCACCCAACCUCUUCCCCUUGCAAAUCUGCAGCGGGGAGUCUCAGGAUGCCCCAGGGACCGCCUCCUGGGAGCAUCCACCUAGGGCCCUGUGGCUGGCCAGGACGCCGGACUCUGGCAUUUUGUCAAAAGUGCUGGAGUUGAGGCCGGUAGGAAAGUGAACGGCGGGAGCUAGCCAAGGCAAGGCCUUCAGUGCGGACCUCGAGACCACUGAUUGGACAAAGUGAAGGGGGGAAAAAAAGCCGUUCAGGAUGUCCUUCCGGGUCGUCCAGAGGGUCUCCGUAAAGAAUAAAGCUGGUUGACACCGGAAGUGUUUCCUCUCGGCCGCGGUCCAUCUUCCGGCCCUGGCCGCCGUUGCCGCGGAAGCCUCCAAGCCAGUUUUGUGAGUCGAUUGUGACCAUGGCUGCUGAGUCUGAUGUUCUACACUUCCAGUUUGAACAGCAAGGAGAUGUGGUCUUACAGAAAAUGAAUCUCUUGAGACAGCAGAAUUUGUUUUGUGAUGUAUCAAUUUAUAUUAAUGAUACUGAGUUCCAGGGGCACAAGGUGAUUUUGGCUGCUUGCUCCACUUUCAUGAGAGAUCAGUUUUUACUCACACAGUCAAAACACGUCAGAAUCACCAUUCUGCAGAGUGCAGAAGUUGGAAGAAAGUUGUUGCUGUCCUGCUACACAGGAGCACUUGAAGUGAAAAGGAAAGAGCUUUUGAAAUACUUGACUGCUGCCAGUUACCUUCAGAUGGUUCACAUUGUAGAAAAAUGCACAGAAGCUUUGUCCAAGUAUCUGGAAAUUGAUCUUUCCAUGAAAAACAACCAACACACUGAUUUUUGUCAGUCUUCGGAUACAGAUGUUAAGAAUGAAGAAGAAAAUUCUGAUAAAGACUGUGAGAUCAUUGAAAUUUCAGAAGAUAGUCCUGUAAACCUAGAUUUCCAUGUUAAAGAAGAAGAAAGCAACACAAUACAAUCUGCCGUAGAGAGGUUGACAUCAGAGCAACGGGGAAUGAAGUCACCAGAGCUCUCGACAGUGGACAGUGGGUUUAAAGAGAAUGAAAUUUGUAUCCUCCAUGUAGAAUCGAUCAGUUCAGAUGGUGUAGAGAAUGGGCAAUUUUCACAGCCGUGUACCUCCUCCAAAGCAGGCAUGUAUUUUCCUGAAACACAGCAUUCACUGAUCAAUUCUACAGUUGAGAGCAGAGUGGCAGAAGUUCCCGGAAGUCAAGAUCAAGGGUUAUUUUGUGAGAAUACUAAUGGGAAUCAUGGCACAGUAAAUGAGAUCCAGAAUCUGGAUGAGAAUUUCUCAUUGAGGCACCAGUGCCCCAGGUGUCCAAGGGGCUUUCUUCACGUAGAAAACUAUCUGAGACACCUUAAGAUGCAUAAACUGUUUUUGUGCUUGCAGUGUGGGAAAACAUUUACACAGAAGAAAAAUCUCAACCGGCAUAUUCGAGGACACAUGGGUAUACGACCCUUUCAGUGUACUGUGUGCUUGAAGACCUUCACUGCUAAAAGUACACUUCAGGACCACUUGAACAUACACAGUGGGGACCGGCCAUAUAAAUGCCAUUGUUGUGAUAUGGAUUUCAAACACAAAUCUGCUCUCAAAAAGCACUUAACCUCUGUUCAUGGCAGAAGCAGUGGUGAAAAACUAUCUAGGCCUGAUCUCAAAAGACAGAAUCUACUGUAAUCAAAUCAUGAACUUUGGACGUAAGCAUAGGAUUACUCUGUUAGGCAUGUCUGUUUUUAAAGAUGUAUCAUUGGUAGUGUCCCCGCCCCCCAAACUUUAGCUUUCAUUUUGUUCUUCCUACGUGUUAAUUCAUUCUGAAUUUCUAAUUUCACAGUUGUGAGUGGAGUGGUUAAGUUUAUGGGAUACUACAUUGUCUCAAACAUUAGGUAUUAGUCCUCUGUUCGGCAGUAAUUGCAGAUUCUGAUUUGUAGUUUUUAGAUUAGAGAUUUAAUGUUGAGUCUAACUGUAUAGUAACUUUAAUGAGUUAGAAUGACAAGAAAAUAGAUUUGAAAGCAUAGUGUCAUCCAUUACUAUUAAUUUUGACAAUAGAUAAGACUAACAAUUUUCUUUUUAAUGUUUACCCAGUGUACUUGGAUUAUAGCUAGAAGACUAGGUUACUGUUUUAAACUAAAGGAGCACAAGAGUCACAUGGGACCAGCAGAAUGUCCUUAGAAUUGCAUUUUUUAAAUAUCCAAGAGAAUUUGUAAUUAGACCCUAUUUCUGAUUACAUAUAAUAUAGUUGGAUUAAGAAUUCUGUGGCUAAUGCAAGUAUUUUGUUGGCUUAGAUUAGAAAGUUAUUUUUCUUAAAUAUUAGUUUUAUUGAUGACAUCUGUUCUACUGUUUACGGAGUGUUCUGUUUUGCUUUGUUUUUGUUAACAUGUACUAAAAUUGACCUUUCUCUGAGAAGUUAUAUUUCUGUGAAUUUAACACAUAUAAUAACUUUCUGUAAGUUGGAUUCAGAACAGUUCCACCACCUUCCAGAAUGCCCUUAUGCUCCUCCGUUGUCCACCCUUCCAACUCUAAAUUCUAGUAAGGGUUCAUCACUAUAAUUUGUUCAAAUCUGGGAUGAUACGAAACUGGAAUCUUCUAGUAUGUUCCCAUUUGGUAUGUUUAUUUUUACCCAAUAUAAUGCCUUCGAGCUUCA